CAUCUUCAUAAACCUGAAGCAAAGACGAAGCCUUUGAGUUUUCUCUUUGAAAAUAGCUGAUUUUGAACCUGGAGCUGAGUUCCGUGUGUGAUUACUUAAUUUGAUUAUGGCUGCACCAAACGUUCGUAGUAGUAGCAGCUUCUCUCGCAACAUAUCAGUUGUGUCAUCGCCUCAAAUUCCUGGUCUCAAAAGUGGUCCUAAUGGCACAGCUUUUAUAUCGACUGGGAUUCGUGAUCUUGACAGGAUACUAGGUGGUGGGUAUCCUUUGGGAAGCUUAGUAAUGGUAAUGGAAGAUCCUGAAGCACCGCAUCAUAUGGAUCUGUUAAGAACUUUCAUGUCUCAGGGGCUUGUUAACAAUCAACCACUUCUUUAUGCUAGUCCUUCGAAAGAUCCAAAAGGGUUUCUUGGCACUUUGCCGCAUCCUGCAUCAUCCAAAGAGGAUAAGUCUACUGCGCCCGACCCUGAUCAGGGAGAGAGCUUGAGGAUUGCUUGGCAGUAUCGGAAGUAUUUGGAAAGCCAGAAGAAUUCUAUUGAUGAUUACUCCAAUGACUUUGAUAUGAGAAAGCCCUUGGAGAGGCAAUUUCUUAGUGGACGGCCGAUAGAUUGUGUCAGUCUGUUAGAUACUUCAGAUCUUUCCGUUGCUCAAGACCACUGCUCAACUUUUUUGUCAAAAUUUUCAAGAAGCAGCAGUAACAUUGCAUCCAUUGGUCGCAUCGCAAUCCAGUCAUUCAGCUCUCCCCUGUGUGAGUAUUCUGAUAAGGAAUCAGACAUGCUCUCGUUCAUAAGAUUGCUUAAAAGUAUGCUCAUGGUUUCAAAUGCGGUAGCCAUUGUUACUUUCCCGCCUUCCUUGCUCUCACCAUCUUCCUCAAAAAGACUUCAGCAUAUGGCAGAUACUUUGCUCUCUAUCAAAGCAAUUCCAGAUGGUGACAAAGAAUUGGAGAAACUCCUAACGGGAUACAAGGAUAUAAAUGGAUUCCUCAACAUACACAAGGUUGCUCGUAUCAACACACAGGUGCCUGUAAUUCUUGAGGCAAAAACCUUCUCAAUGAGCCUGAAGAAGAGAAGAUUCUUGGCUCUAGAGUGUCUGAAUCAAGCCCCUGUAGACGGGUCCAGUGGAACAUCAUAUGGCACAUCUGGCAGAGAGGUUAGGAAGGAGACAAUGGUUGGACCCUCACGGCCUCAGAUCGUUUUGUUUGGAUCUUCCAUUGUUCAGAUGAGCUUUGGCCAUGGUGGUUGGGGUGCCAUUCUUUCGGAGGUCUACGCUCGUAAGGCCGACAUCAUUCUGCGAGGAUAUUAUGGAUGGAACUCUUCUCGUGCUUUGGAAGUUGUCGACAAAGUGUUCCCCAAGGAUGCUGCAGUACAACCUUCUCUGGUAGUUGUCUAUUUUGGAGGAAACGACUCAAUGGCGCCUCACCCUUCUGGUCUAGGACCUCACGUACCACUUACUGAAUAUGUUGAUAACAUGAAGAAGAUCGCUCUUCAUCUUCAGAGCCUUUCAGACUCCACCCGUAUCAUAUUUCUUAGUUGUCCUCCAGUGGACGAGGCUAAAGUUCGUCAGAACCAAAGCCCAUACUUGAGCGAGGUAAUUCGCACAAACGACCUCUGCAAGACUUAUUCAGAUGCUUGUGUGGAGCUGUGCCAAGAACUCGGCGUAGAAGUAGUUGAUCUCUUCUCUACUUUUCAGAAAGCAGAUGACUGGAAAACUGUUUGCUUCACAGACGGGAUUCAUUUGUCAGCACAAGGAAGCAAACUAGUGGCGGCAGAGAUACUAAGAGUGGUUAAAGAAGCGGAAUGGAAUCCAUCACUUCACUGGAAAUCAAUGCCAACCGAAUUCGCCGAGGACUCUCCUUAUGAUCUUGUUUCAGCAGAUGGCAAACAGACAGGGUGUGUUUUAAGAGAUAUGGCCGCCGCAGCCGUUUCCUCUAACCCUCGCACCGUUGAAGAGAUCUUCAAAGAUUAUAGCGCUCGUCGUGCCGCUCUUCUUCGUGCUCUCACUAAAGAUGUUGAUGAUUUUUACUCUCAAUGCGAUCCGGAAAAGGAGAAUUUGUGUUUGUACGGACACCCUAAUGAGUCAUGGGAAGUGAAUCUACCAGCAGAGGAAGUUCCUCCUGAGCUACCUGAGCCUGCUCUUGGUAUCAAUUUCGCUAGAGAUGGUAUGCAGAGGAAAGAUUGGCUUUCUCUUGUUGCUGUUCACAGUGAUUGUUGGUUGCUCUCUGUUUCUUUCUACUUUGGAGCUCGUCUUAAUCGCAAUGAGAGGAAGCGGUUAUUCAGUCUGAUCAACGAUCUCCCAACUCUCUUCGAUGUAGUGACUGGUAGGAAAGCCAUGAAAGACAACAAGCCAAGCUCGGAUUCCGGAAGCAAAUCCAGAAACGGCACUAAGAGAUCAAUAGACGGGCAGACAAAGAGCUCAACACCAAAACUAAUGGAAGAGAGCUAUGAGGAGGAAGAAGAAGAAGACGAGCAUGGAGACACUCUCUGUGGGAGCUGUGGAGGUAAUUACACAAAUGAGGAGUUCUGGAUUUGCUGUGAUGUUUGUGAACGCUGGUACCAUGGAAAAUGCGUUAAGAUAACUCCGGCUAAAGCAGAGAGCAUCAAGCAGUAUAAAUGCCCGCCUUGCUGUGCAAAGAAAGGAAGACAGUGAUGGUGAUGAAUUGAUGAUGAUGAUGAUCUCUCAGAGAGACUCUGGUUCUCAUGUUUUAAUCAAUAUGUUAAUCAACU